AAACGAUUUGGGAAAAUCCCCCCCGCGUGGGGGUCUGUGACCUGUGUCUUUUUUAUCUUAUUUUGCAAAGCUGAAACCAGAAGCAUUUUCACCUUGUGUUAUUUUGAUUUUGUCGUGAAGCAAUACAAAAUAUUUGGGCUCGUUCAGCCUUCACUAUUCGUCUGAAAUUGUCAUUGGAGGUUCAACAAACAUGGAUGAAGACCAAGUAUGCCCAAGAUGCAAGACCAGCAAGUACAGAAAUCCUUCAAUGAAGUUAAUGGUUAAUGUGUGUGGACAUCCUCUCUGUGAAAAUUGUGUGAACCUUCUUUUUGCCAAAGGCUCGGGCACCUGUCCGCAGUGCGACGUCCCGCUGCGCCGCAAUGGCUUCCGCGUGCAGCUGUUCGAGGACGCCGGCGUCGAGAAGGACAUCGACAUCCGGCGCCGGAUCCUGCGCGAGUUCAACAAACAGGAGGAGGAGUUCGCCAGUCUGCGCGAGUACAACGACUACCUGGAGGACGUGGAGACCAUCAUCUACAACCUCGUCAAUGGCAUCGACGUGCUCGCCACCAACAAAAAGAUCGAGGCCUACAAGAGGGACAACCGCGAGUCAAUCGUGCGUAACCGCGCGCGCGGUCGCACGGAGGAGGACGAGCUCGACGAGAUCCUCCAGAUGGAGAACGAGCUGAACGAGGAGCGCGCGCGCGAGGAGCAGGAGCGGCUGCAGGCCGAGAAGCGCAACAAGGUGCAGAAGAAGGAGGCGCUCAUCGACGAGCUCAUGACCUCGUAUGGUGACGCCAAGAAGAUUGUGGCCUCUCACACCAAGGUGGCCGAGCCGGAGGCGCCGGUGGCUCCCAAGCCGCGCCCCAAGCCGACCCAGUUCUCUAGUGGUGUGCGGAUCGGCGGCACGCGGCUGCCGGCGGUGCCGAUCGUCCCGCAGGACGAGGGCGAACCGUUCGUGUACGCGGCGCCCGAGCUGGCCAUGGACGGUCCGGCGGCGCCCGACUCGGAGCGGCUCUCUGCCGACGGCUACCUGUCGCACAUCAAACGGGUGGGGGACGCCGAGCGGGCCGGCGGGUACGCCGCCUCGCUCGGCUGUCUGCGCGCCCUCCAGGAGGGCAUGGCCGGUCUGCUCUUCUUCCCCGGCGCCGACGGCUGAGACGGCUGGCCGGCGGUCAUAGACUCGGACUUUUGGUCAGUGAUCUCUACUCGGGUGGCGCGAGGACGGUAACUAGGCGACACCGGGUUGGGUAACUACUGGUGUCGUGAGCUGUGAGGUGUCGGCACAGAGCUCAGAGGCGUUACGAUAGUGCCUGUCUGGUUGUGGCGCUGGCCGGAGCCCGCCGGCAGCCCCUCGCCGGUGCCCGUUUCGCCAUCCACACUCGUCAUGAUGCAGCGAGUUGUGGAGACUGGGGAGCCACCCUGGUCCUGCCGGGACAUCCGUGAUGCAACAAACUGUGGGGACUGGAGACUGGUCCUACUCAGCCGGUGCAUUGCCUUGUUCCUAUUGGCGAUGCCUAUUGUUGUUGAAGUUGAUGCCAUGCACAUGUUUUGUAAUUAUUUAUAAUAAAUGCGAUGUGUCCUUUG